AUGGACGACACAGAUACCGCGAGAAAUGCUGCGAGCAGAGCGGGCUCUGCAGAAGUGAAGGCCGAAUCACCAGGCUCGAACACCACCGCCGCCGCCGCCACGGUUAACACCAAAAGUCAGUACCACCACCAACAGUCAGCGCCGCCCAAGCGGACAGUAUGCGAUCACUGUCGACGGAGAAGAAUUCGCUGCGAUGGCAAGUUCCCCUGUGAGCAAUGCGUACACGCUUCACUCACCUGCAAGCGCGAACAUGUCCCCAAGAAGAGGGGACCGAAGCGCGGCCAUGGGCGGGUCAUAAAUGAGUUGCGCGCAAGGGAGUCGUCCCAAACAAAGCUGCAACGACCUCAAGUUCAAAAAUCUUUCAAUGCAGAAACUGCGCUCGAGAGUCCAACAGACGUCGACAUUGGGAUGAGCGGUAGCGACCUCGGCGAAGCGACAUCUCAACAUUCAUCCAACGCGUCCGCAGCAUCGACCCCGCCGAGCUUCUGGGCCGCCGUCACCUCGAAUCCGGGACAUGGCAAUGUGCCGGAACCCGGAGGCAUGUUCUCGAGCGACGAACUACGACCGAGAACGAGGAGCUACUUCCACAUGAUCCCCCAGCUGGUCGAGCUAUACUACGAGCACAUUUACCCCAUCAUGCCACUCAUUUAUAUGCCGACCGUCCGCGAAACGAUAAACCGACCCAUGGCGCCCAGUGAAAAGAAUCUCAUCUACGCCCUGUGCGCGCUGACGUCGAUGCACAUGUCUGGUAAAAGCAUCGGUGCACCUGGACCUACGUCCUGGGAAGUUGUCGGCCGCUUCUUCCUGGACGAGACCAUUUCUACGAGGCAGACGUACGACUUCCUCGAGGAUUUGUCCCUGUCCGCAGUGAUUUCUUCGUUUUACCUGAGCACAUCCUUCUUUGAGAUCAACCAAUCGCGCAAAUCGUGGUACUACUUGCGGGAGGCGUUGACCAACGCGCAGGACCUCGGGCUGCAGGACGAUUCGACGUACUAUGGACUCAGUUGUGAGGAAACACUAUGCCGACAAAGAGUGUUUUGGAUCCUCUUCGUUACGGAAAGGUCCUUUGCGAUCCUCCGCAAUAAACCGAUUACAUUCAAGAGAACGCCGUCGCUACCAACAACACGGCAUCCUUACGAGGGACCAGACAUUCAUGCCGGCUUCCUUCAGCUCGUUUCAUCCUACACUCCGCUGGACGAAUCGUUCGUGACAGCGUGGAAUGAGGGGUCCGAUCCCCGCAUCAGCGCAACAACGUUUUUGGCCCUGCAAAACCUUCUCUCCCUCCCUCCCGCGUUCCUUCGCCCACAUGGGCGAUCAUCACCAACCCAGCCUCAUGGGCAAUUGCUGGGUUCCUACGGGGCAACAUCAGCCUCGAGAGAUGCCAACGCACCAGAGCCGACAGAUAUCCAAAAGGCAGACCUACUUAUCACACAACAAUGGCUUCGUCUUAUUGUUUGGCAGUCAUCUAUGAGGCAGGGCCUUCUCAGUUGGACUGACCCGGCCGACUCGGGAGGUGGGGUGUCGUCAGGCAGCGGCGUCGGUGGCGGGAACAGCAUGUGUUUCUCUUUUCCUCUAACAGUUGCGCGCGACACGGCUUCGAUUCUAUCGAGCUUACCCAGUAAGGCUGUUGAAGUACACGGGAUGGGCAUCAUGGAGAAGAUUUUUGAAAUCGGAACAUGGUGCGUUAAUGUGUUGGGAGCGUGCGAGAGUGUUGGCUUCUCGACAACCAUGGACUUCACAUCAGGCGACAUGGGCGUGCUGGGCAGCGGUCGUAAGGGGGCAAGUCUGGAUCCGAUUGAGUUCUUCGUGCGAACACUGAGCGCGAGCGACAACUCCCGAAAACAGUUCGCUGAGAAGCUGCUUACCGCUGCUGGCGAGAACCCAGGCAGUAUGAGAACACAACUUAGCCCCGCCAUGUCUGGGAUGAGUUCAGCCGCCGCAGCAAUGAUUGCCGCGGGUCAGGCGCACCCCUUAAUGGAACAAGGCUGGGGACAACAGCAACAAAGAGGCAGCGUUGUAGGCGAAGUGUUUGACGACAGCGAAGAGAACAGUGGCAAUAACCAACAGCAACAACAACGACAACGACAACAGCAACAACAGCAACAACAACUAGAUCUUGGCAGCAACUCAAUGCAGCAUCCUUCUGGUAUACCAAAUAUGGGAUUGGGAAUCGACCUCGGUGCUGAUCGCAUGACCAGAGGCAUGGGCGGGGUGGACCUGGACGCGAGCAGUGUUGAUCUUAUGAGCCCCCUCGGUCUGACCCGAAGCAACACCUCCGACAUGGCGGCAAUGGGCAUGCCCGGCUUCGACACUGCUUGGAGCCCUAGUAGCGGUGGGACGGGGCCGCGAGAAUACCCAGACCAUAAUACAGGACCUUACUCAAAUUCCCGCGAAGAGACGCAAGGCUUUCCAGACAUGGGAAGCGGUAUAUUAAUGCACGAGCGGAUGGCGACCGGUGCUGGCGGCCCUAUCGGAGGACCUGUUGGUGGAGAAAACUCGGCGCUGAAUCCGCAGCAGCAACAACAACACCAGCAAGGAGACGAUGGCGGUUAUGACGUUCGGAGACCUGGAGACAAGAACGGUGGAUACCCAAACGGCGGCAGGGUCGGUCUGUGGUUAGGGACAUGA